GCGCCGGUGAAAAAAAUGUAUCCUUUUAAUCAAAUGCCGAUGUCGGUCUCCUCCUUGUUCUCCGCCUACGCUUCCUUCUCCGCUACCAUAAUGCUCGUAAAAUCAAUGGUUAACGAGCACAUUCCUGUGGAGCUCGGAGCCUACAUCUCCUCCUACAUAAGCAACCAUUUUAGGAACCCUCUCAACUCCAAUCUCACCAUAAUCAUUGAUGAAUCUUCCGACAUGCUUCGCAACCAGGUCUUCGACGCAGCCGAGCUCUAUCUCCAGACCAAGAUGAGCCCAGCCACGUCCCGGCUUCGAAUCAGCAAAGCCCCCAGACAGAAAACCAUCACCGCCGCCAUCGACAUGGGCGAGGAAAUUAUCGACGUAUUCGACGGCAUCCGGCUAAAAUGGCAGUACAACUGCACCGAGCCAGAAUAUAAAAGUCCGCAUUUUCUGCUGAGCUUUAACAAAAAAUAUAAAGAGAGAGUGUUGGGGUCUUAUCUUCCUACGGUCCUGGCUCGAGCCGAAGCAAUUAAAGAGGAGCAGAAGGUCCUCAAGCUGUACAGCCGUGAUUGUCCGUCCUCCAUGGAUGACUAUAACUCUCGCGGCGGCGAUUGGGGUUCGAUGAUUCUGGAGCAUCCAUCGACGUUCGAGACCUUGGCGAUGGACCUAAAGAUGAAGAAAGCAAUCGUAGAAGAUUUGGAUAGGUUUGUGAGGAGAAGAGAGUUUUAUAAGAGAGUGGGGAAAGCUUGGAAACGAGGGUACUUGCUUUACGGUCCGCCUGGAACUGGAAAAUCGAGCUUGGUGGCCGCCAUGGCUAACCAUCUUAAGUUCGACAUUUACGAUUUGGACCUUGACAGAGUAUUCUCCGAUUCGGCAUUGAGAAGGAUAUUGUUGUCAAUUUCUAAUCGCUCCAUUUUAUUGAUAGAAGAUAUUGAUUGCAGCGUUAAUUUACAGAACCGCGAAUAUUACGAGCCUGCCGGAGAUAGUUUGGAUCGGAAAAAGUUUACACUUUCGGGAAUAUUAAACUCCAUCGAUGGUUUAUGGUCAAGUUGUGGGGACGAGCGCGUCAUAGUGUUCACAACAAAUCACAAAGAUAGUCUUGACCCUGCAUUGUUGCGUCCCGGUCGAAUGGACAUGCAUAUUAACAUGUCAUAUUGCACCAUAGAUGGCUUCCAAACAUUAGCAUCCAACUACCUUGGACUCUGUGGUGAUCAUCCCCUUCAUUCUGAAAUCGAAGCCCUAUUAGCUAGGACGAAAGUGACACCAGCGGAGGUGGCGGAGGAGUUGCUCAAGAGUGAUGAAGUUGAUGCUGCUCUAGAAGGGUUUGUGAGCUUUUUGAAGCAAAAGGAGGCUAGUCAGACACAUGAUGAGGCUUGUGAGACACAUGAGGUAAUGAGCAUAGAGCAGAGAAUGGUCGAUUUACCCAAGCAAAAGAAACAUAGUGUUAUUAGAAGAACGAUGAAAAAGAUUACUACCCAAAUUUUCAUGAUGAACAAUUGUGGUGAGGCAAAUAGAUAUCUAAAUGAUUACCUUAAAAUUUCUCAUAUAUUUCAACUCAGUGAAGUAAAAGACCAAAAAAAAAAAAAAAAAAUCCACAACCUCGCUGAGCUACUAAGUACUAACUCAGUUCCACUUUCCCUCUCCGGUGGACGGCGGCUCAGCCCAGUUGCCGGAGCAAAACCAAAGAUGUUUUCUUCGUUCAAAGAAAUGCCCACGUCAGCAUCGACCUUGUUCUCGGCGUACGCCUCCGUCGCGGCCUCGAUGAUGCUGGUGCGGUCCAUGGCGAACGAGGUCAUCCCAGACGAGCUCCGGUCGUAUAUAUCAAUGGCCGUGCGCUACCUCUUCACGCCUCUCUCCUCCGACCUCACACUCGUCAUCGAAGAGUUCUCCGGCAUGGCUCGAAACCAGGUCUACGACGCGGCCGAGCUCUACCUUCGCACCAAGGUCAGCCCCUCAACCUCCAGACUCCGCGUCAGCAAAUCCCCCAGACAGAAGGCCAUCUCCAUCGCCAUCGAGAAGGGCGAACAGGUCUCCGACGAGUUCGAGAAGAUCCGUCUCAAGUGGCAGUUCGUCUGCACCGAGCCCAAGAACAACCACUCCGGUGAGGAGCGUUUCUUCGAGCUCACUUUCAACAAGAAGUUCAAAGACCGAGUCCUCGACUCGUACUUGCCUUACGUUCUGUUUCGAGCAAAGUCUAUCAGGCAAGAGGAGAGAUUCAUCAAGCUCUAUAGUCGCGAGUGUUCGUACGAUGAGGUUGAGGACGGUGGUUGUAGAGGUGGUGGGCUUUGGGGUUCGAUCAACCUGGAACACCCGGCGACGUUUGAGACCUUGGCUAUGGAUCCGGAUAUGAAGAAGAAGAUUAUUGACGACUUGGAUCGAUUCGUUAGACGAAAAGAGUUCUACAAGAAAGUGGGCAAGGCAUGGAAAAGAGGGUAUUUGCUUUACGGUCCGCCUGGUACUGGUAAAUCGAGCUUGAUCGCCGCCAUGGCUAAUUACCUUAAGUUUGAUAUAUAUGACUUGGAGCUAACCAGUAUUUACUCCAAUUCUGAUUUGAGAAGAACAAUGUUAGCCUCCUCGAAUCGUUCCAUUUUGGUUAUUGAGGAUAUAGAUUGUAGUGUGGAUUUGCAGAACCGGCAAAACCAGGACGAGGGAUUUGAAGCAUCAAACACCAAGAUGACACUUUCGGGGCUUUUGAACUUCAUUGAUGGCCUAUGGUCAAGCUGUGGAGACGAAAGAAUCAUUGUUUUCACCACAAAUCAUAAAGAUCGACUUGACCCAGCAUUGCUUCGUCCUGGUCGAAUGGACAUGCAUAUCAACAUGUCUUACUGCACCAGAGAUGGGUUUAGAACCUUAGCCUCAAACUACCUUGGCAUCCAUGGCAAUGGUCAUCGCCUUUGCUCUGAAAUUGAGGACUUAAUGGCCAACACCGAGGUGACCCCAGCCGAGGUUGCGGAGGAGCUAAUGAAGAGUGACGAUGCCGAUGUUGCUCUCCAGGAACUUGUUAACUUCCUCAAACGUAAGAAGAUUGAGAUUGUUGAGAAGAAGAAAAAAGAAGAAGAAGAAGAAGAAGCAACUAAUAAUAAUGUCAAUAAGGAGAAGGAAGAGGAAGAAGAAGAACCAGAGGCAGUUGAUCCACCAUUGCCGAAGCGGAUUAAGCUAACUGAUCAUAACAAUGUAAAGAGAGUUUCGUCGGUAAACAUUAGGAGAAGAGUUGUAAGAGGAAGAAGAGCCUUUUAAGUUUGCCUACUUAUUUACGGUGGUUCAAUAAAAACUUAUCAGCAUAUAUAUAUACAUACAUACAUAUAUAUAUAUAUAUAUGUUUCUGUAUAUAUUGUUAUUUUGGUGUAAUAUUGGCACUUUUUAUUAGUGCCUAGAUUUUCUUGAAAGUGCUAUUAAUUUUUGCAAUCAAUAAACUCCUGAAUUUACAUUCAGCUGGCAAAAUGGCUGAUCAA